UCAUCAUUCAGCUAGAAGACGAUCCUCAGCGAACGCGUGAACCGGAUUGUUGCUCAUCCAUCCGGGAGUCCGGGAAUACAUCUGCCGGACUGAGAAAAAAUAUUUUCGGAUUAUUGAAAAGUGUGCGAAAGAGUCAUAGUAGUUGACAGGAAUAAAUAUCUAUCAGGCAACAGUUGAGUAUUUCAACAAUGGAUUGAAAAGCUAUGUCCUGUGAACAGAGUAUGGACCGCAGUCGUGGUCCGAAAUGAAAGAUCCAUUUUUGAUACAUCUGCUCUUCCUGCUGCCACCGCUUCUCCAUCAAGCAAUUGCCACUACAGUCACCACGCCAGUAGCCCCAUGCCCAAGUUCCUGCAGCUGCUCCUCUCAGAUCUUCAGUUUCCUCGGUAACGUCAGUUUGAAGACCACCAACUGUACCAAACAUCGCUUAACUUCUGUCCCAGAAGGAAUACCGCCAGAGACGAAUGCUCUAAUCCUACAAAGCAACAAUCUGACUGAUCUCUACAAUCAACUACCUCCACUAAAUAGUCUUUUGUUGCUAGACUUGUCCCACAAUCAAAUCAAACAACUCGGCCGAGGUCUUAUUUUCCACAACUUUACAAAUUUACAAGUUCUUAAUUUGUCCUAUAAUGACUUCAGGACAGUUUUUAACGGAGUUUUUAGAGGCAUCCAUCGAUUGCGCAUACUGGUCAUGACACAUGUACAGAUAAAAUUCAUUGAAGAGCAUGUUUUUGAUGGAUUGCGAGAACUACGUCGCUUGAACCUUGAUCACAAUCAAUUGAAUGCCAUAUUUCCAGAAUGGUUCAAGGAACUUCCAAAACUGGAAGAAUUGCACCUUGAAAACAAUCACAUUUCUUACAUUAAUAGCGGCUCUUUUACGGCACUGGGCAAUCUCCGAAAGCUUUCACUUAGCGGUAACAAAAUUCGCGGCGUCAGCGACCACGCAUUCGAUGGACUGGAGAAUCUAACUUCCCUUUAUAUCGAGGAUAAUCAACUCUUCAAAGUACCAUCAACGUCUCUCCAGGCAACUAAAAAUCUUAAAAUCCUGAAAUUAGGAGGAAACUUUUUUCCACAGCUGCAUACGGGUGAUUUUGUCCACCUAACACUCGAAGAAGCUUUUGUGGAAAACAUUGCAGAUUUGACUCUUAUCGACCGAGGUGCCUUUUGGGAUUUACCAUACCUAAAAACUUUGCAUUUACACCACAACACGAAGCUCCAGUUCGUGGACUCCCACGCAUUCAUAAAUGUCCCGAACCUAAGGAUUUUGUCCCUACACGGUAGCAACUUAACAGCCAUCAACCGAGAUGUAAUCAAAACGUUUCUAAAACCUUUGCAAAUAAGUCUUUAUGAUAACCCCCUUCUAUGUGACUGUAACAUAAAAUGGAUACACGAAAUGUUAUGUAGCAAUGCAAGUCGAAUUGAGAUCCUCAAUUCAGACAUCAUGACGUGUGAUCAACCUUCAGAGUUUCACAAAACCCCGGUAAAAGACUUGAAGGCCUCGCAAAUACCUGACACGUGCCAACCUUUUCUUGUGGGACCCUCCAACAUUACAGUUGAUAAAAAGAUAGGAGAAAAAUACAUCUUUCAAUGCAGAGCAAACGGCAUACCCGUCCCAAACAUCCACUGGAUUUUACCGAAUGGCGCUGUCCUUAACCAAACGUCCAAUGAUAUUCAUAUCCAGUUUAAGAACACUGGCAGCCUGGAGCUAUAUCACAUAAAGCCCAAAGAUUCGGGAACGUAUACUUGCAUAGCAGAAAACCCCAUGGGUGAAGUUGUAGCCGUCACUAACUUAAUCGUUGAAAAUAUAGACAUUAACAUUUUUGCUUUGGGUAUAGCGUCCACUUUCGUGACCGUCGUGUGGAACGGUACAGCUAGAAAUUCCUUCCCUGAGUAUGAAAUAAUAUAUCGAAGGGAAAAUGGCACGAAUACGAAAAAAGAAUACCAAUCAGUGACAGUGAGUCAGUUCUUUCGCUCCUACACCAUAAACAAUCUUCAGCCAAAAAGUACUUAUAAAUUCUGCAUCGGCGUCAAGAAUAAAGAAGACAGACAGUACGUGCAAUUUUCUUGCACUUCAGCCCGCACUAAAGAUGAAAGCUUCAUGAUGCAGGGCAUACACCACACUAGCAAUGUCGCUGUAGCUGCAGUUCUGGGUAUCAUCACCACCAUGAUGGUAGUCGUGUGUGUCGUCACAGUUGCCGCCAGGAAAUAUCGCCAAAGACAAUACGACACACCCGAAAAAUCACUGGUAAGCAAUAUGGCUCAAAUACCUAUGGAAAAUCUACAUAGUCCACUGAUGUCUCAUGUAGGAUCGUGAACAAAUAUUAUAGUGAAGUAUAAUAUAUAGCAUGAAAACGCAUAAAUGCCACGUCCUUAAAAUAGCCCAAGCUAAAGCGCCAUUGUAUGUAAAUGCUUUAUAUAAAGAAUUACUUUAGAAUACCAGUGCAACAAGGGAAGGCUAUCCGUUGUUCCAUGAUGUUUCCCUUAAAACAAACUCAUUGCCUAGCAACGAUAAUGCAGGGUUACCAAAUCGGGGAAUUUGCUCUCAGGCGUAGAGUAAAAUUUUCGCACCAAGUAAAUUUGAAAAAGGCAUAUAUAGUCUAUGCCUUUUUCUAUCGAUGGAAAGAACUCAUUUCGCCAUUCGUUUAGACAGUGUCGGUGACUAUGGUUACGAGGUUCAACUAUUUCCAGUAGGGUAAUAAGUCAAUAUUUAAGACAGAUUUUGGGUCACGUGGGAGAGAUAAGCUGAAUCAGGACCGAGUGAAGCUCCCCUCUUUGAAACGUGCUAUUUCUUGUUUCCAUAGCAGCAUAGACUUUUUGUGGCGAGGGGAGUUCCUUCUACAUACAAACAAUGUUUAUUAUUAUUAUUACUAUUAUUUUGGUGCUGAUUUUAGGGAAAACAUUCACAACUUUGCAAAAAUUUGAAGCAAUAAGAGGACAAAAAUAAUUUUAAAAAAACUUAAGCUAUUUUGCGUCAUCAUAAAUUAGGGCAUCAUAAAGUUAGUUUUUUUUUUGUUGAUGUUUUUGGCAAUAUUAUUUCUCAGUUUUCGGGGAGGAUAUUGUUAAAACAGUUGGUAAGAAUACUUUGCAGCAAAAUUUUGCAAUCAAAAUAAAGAUUUUUUUUUUUUAUUCAUCUCUUUGCCGUUGCUAGGCAACGCUCUAUCAUCGCUAGAUCAUUACUAUGAUGAAUUUCUAUCUGGACAGCGGACAUGAUUCCCUUGAAAGAGUAAGUUUUUAAAAAAGAACAUUUGAAUCACAUUAGAAUUUUUUAGAAAAGCUAAAGUAGCGCAAACACAUAUUAAAAUAAUUUUGUUUAGAUGUUUUGUUAAAAUGUUUGUACAUUAGAUGAAGCUUGUACUGUAUAGUGAAAUUUUAUUUUUCAAUGGUGAAUAUUCACAUCAAAAGUUGUUUCAAACGUUGUUUGUGAGAUGAAAAAUUAUUGAGGUACUUAAUCUCAAAUUAUUUAAUAUAUAAGACACAUUGUUAUACAUUAUAAAUUUUUAAAAGUUAAAUGAAUUUCUUAAUCAAAUUUCAUGAUUGAAGAAUCUACGAUAAACAGGCAGCUAAUCAUGUUUAUGUGUAAAAUGUUAUGUAUUGAAAUAUAUUUUCGAAAAAUUCCAUAAUUUAUGUAUGUAUACUGGAGCAAAAAUGGCCAGCAAAAUGUAAUAUGUUCAGAUUAAUAAAUACACCUUUUAUUUGUUUUA